AAAAUAAAUCGAUACAUACCUCAAUGCAAUUUAUUAUUUUUUUGGGACAAAUAUUUUCUUUAUUUCCUGUGCAAGGAUUUAGAAGCCAAAACGUGGAAGAUUUAAAAUUCAGUUGGAUAUCUGCAAGAGUUUUUUACAACUUUUUUACAAGUCUUGGUCUGCUCUAUUUAACAUUAACCAUUACUUAUUCUACUUCUGGGGGUGGCAUUAAUAUAUUUGAGCUCACUAUAAUUAUCUUUCACGUUACUACACUUAUCAAUAGUUUAUUAUUUCUGCAAUUGGCAAUUAAAUGGCCGAACUUAAUGAAAAAAUGGACUGAAACCGAAACUUCAAUGAAAUCAUAUGGGUGGCCAAAAGGUUUAGAUUUUCACCUAAAAACACUAUGUGCUGUUAUUUUUAUUUCAGCAUUAGUUGAAUUUUCAUUAACCAAAGUAAGUAAACUACUGCUUUCGUACACGUGUAAAAAAGAGACCGAGGGAAUUUUCGAAUUUUACGUAGUUCGGACUCUUUUCCUGGAAGUUUUUAAUAUAAUUCCAUAUUCAACUUGGCAAGGAAUAAUUUUGCAGAUUAUAAAUGUAAAUGCUACUUUUGCUUGGACCUACAUAGACGUGUUUAUUAUGGUAUUAAGUACAGCAUUGGCAUUCAGAUUUAAACAAAUCACUCAUCGUCUUAAGAUAUUCGUUAAUGGAAAGGUGGACAAUGUGACCGUAUGGAGGAGUAUUAGAGAGGAUUAUAACAAAUUAUGUAUCCUUACAAGAGAAGUCAAUGAAGCUAUUUCUAAUAUGAUUUUACUUUCAUUUUCAACCAAUUUGACCUUUAUUAUCAUCCAAAUGUUCCACAGCUUAAGAUAUAUGAACAAUAAUAUCGAAAAAGUGUAUUUCUUUUUCUCUUUUGGUUUCUUAAUCAUGAGAACUUUAUGUGUUUCGCUUUAUGGUGCCUCCGUUAAUGAUGAAAGCAAUGAACCCACCGAUAUACUAUUUAAUUUACCAUCUAAAAGGUACAAUAUCGAAAUUGCUAGAUUUUUACAACAACUUCAAUAUGAUAAAGUUUCCUUAAGUGGAAGAGGUUUUUUCCAUAUAACAAGAAGGAUUCUACUUAGUAUGGCAGGAGCCAUUGUUACCUACGAAUUGGUGGUCAUUCAAACUUGUGGGGACAUUUUAGAGCAAAGUAUUAAAGAAAAAAAUACGACAACUAUUUGUUAAUUAAGA